CAAGUGCGCAGCGAUGGAGAGCCGGGCUUGAUGGUCGGAGGAGGCCUGCCUGUCUCUCUUUCCGUGCAUAGCGCUGGGCAUGAGUCCGGUGUGAGGUGGAGCGAGUGCUGCGUAUCAGAUAGAGGAUGAAGAGAAGAGCAUCUGAAAGGGAUUCUGGGGAGACAUCUGCCAGAUCCAAGGCUCUUUGCAGCAGUAUCUCUGGAAGCAAUGCCAAGAGGGCCGGACCAUUCAUUCUAGGUCCACGAUUGGGCAACUCUCCUGUGCCCAGCAUUGUGCAGUGCUUAGCACGGAAGGAUGGCACGGAUGACUUCUAUCAGCUUAAGAUAUUGAGUUUGGAAGAACGACCAGACAAGAUGGGAGAGACUCAGGAGGAGAGACAAGGCAAAAUGUUGUUACAUACUGAAUAUUCCCUGUUAUCUCUGCUGCACAAUCAAGAUGGAGUGGUCCAUCAUCAUGGCCUCUUCCAGGAUCGAACCUGUGAAAUUGCUGAAGACAUGGAUGCCAACAAGUUAGUAAGGAAGAUGCGGAAGCGCAUAUGCCUUGUCCUGGAUUGCCUCUGUGCCCACGAUUAUAGCGACAAGACUGCCGACUUAAUCAAUUUACAGCAUUACGUUAUUAAGGAGAAGCGGCUGGGGGAGAGAGAGACUGUGGUCAUAUUCUACGAUGUUGUCCGGGUAGUGGAAGCGUUACACAAGAAGAACAUUGUGCACAGAGACUUAAAGCUGGGUAACAUGGUGCUCAACAAGAGGACACAUAGAAUAACCAUCACCAACUUUUGCCUAGGGAAACAUUUGGUGAGUGAAGACGACCUAUUGAAGGAUCAGAGAGGAAGUCCGGCUUAUAUCAGUCCUGAUGUACUUAGUGGUCGUCCUUACCGUGGCAAGCCAAGCGACAUGUGGGCACUUGGAGUGGUCCUUUUUACUAUGUUAUAUGGCCAGUUCCCCUUCUAUGACAGCAUACCUCAGGAACUCUUUCGCAAAAUUAAGGCAGCAGAAUAUUCUAUUCCAGAAGAUGGCAGGGUGUCGGAGAACACAGUGUGCCUCAUUAGAAAGUUGCUGGUUUUGGACCCUCAACAGCGUUUGACUGCCUCAGAAGUUUUAGAGUCUCUUGGAGGCAUCAUAUCCUCAUGGCAAUCCAUGUCCUCUUUGAGUGGCCCUCUACAAGUUGUGCCUGACAUUGAUCAUGUCACCAGUCCAGAGAACUCACAAGAGGCAAAGGUGACGGAGGAGUCUUCACAGUAUGAGUUUGAAAACUACAUGCGACAACAGCUUAUUUUGGCUGAAGAGAAGAACACAAUUCAUGAAGCCAAAAACUUUCCUCAAAAACGUCAUUUUGGCAAUUUCCCCCCUAUUAGAAGAUUGGGCUAUGAUGCUCAGCCAAUGAGCCCUUUGGACGCUGCAAUUUUGGCCCAGCGAUACCUUCCUCCACCGCACCUGUCUCUUCCAAAUUCUCACUAACCACUUUUUUUCCUCUGUUUGAGUCGCAAGUUCAUUUUUUGUUUUUCCCAAAAGAAAAUGAAAGUGGCUAAAUCCGUUCCGUCGUGAAAGGCCACUUGGUGCUAACCCCCUUCCCUUUUGCUCCUUUCUGUUCAGUUUGAAAAAGAACAUUGCACAUACGUCCUGUUAUUAUUCCCUCCCCAUAAUCUGAUAGCAAUACACUUUCCAGCACAAGAAAUAUCUACCAAUGUAGCAAUCUUCUGUUUGACAGGGUUUCUUUUUAGGGUGUUCUCGGCUGCAUACACAGCAGGCACUGCAGCAUUAAGUGUCAGUCAUUUCUCCCCACCACAUCCUACCAUCUUAUGGAUUCUUUUGCAAUCAGCCUUUUUUAUAUAUGCAUAUAUAUAGAUCUAUACAUAGACAUUAAAUCUACCUCUUCUUAUUUUUAAUUUUUUUUUCAGUAGGGUUCCACAAAGUUAUGAAAUGCAGCAUUAGGAGGAGCCCACUGUGGAACAGAUUUGUCUUUUUAUUUGCUAUUUGUUCAUAAAGUCAGCCCCCCCAUCUAAAUGAGGGGGUUGUAUAAUCUAGAUAUUAUGUGUACAUAUAUAAAUAUAUAUAUCCUUAUAUAGAGGUAUAUAUUUGAUAUUGAAUAUCCGCUGGAUUGCAAUAUCCCUGUAGAAAGAAUAAGCUGUGUUAUAACCAUCAGGCUUAUAACGUCUCAUAUCCUGUAUGCCUGCGAGCAGACAUAUGCUUUUAUUUUUUAGUUGUAUUCCCUUUGGAUUUUCAUAUUUAUUAAAAUGUGUGUGUUUUUUUGCAUAUAUGCUGCAGUUCCAUGGUAAAGCUUAGUAGGAUUUUUUUUCUGCAUGCUUGCCUUUCGUCUCAGACUAAAUAGAUGAAGGCAAGCAAAUUUGUCCUGCAUGGAAUACAGACUCCACUUUUUGGAAUGAAUAUCCAGAAGAUUCCAUAGAAACAAUAGUUUCCGCUCCAUGAUCUUGUCAAACAUAAAUGUGACCCAGAAAUGUUUGACUCUCCUGAAGGAGUGCCAAAAAGAUAUCAGAUCCUUCCCAAAACACAGUAAUUAGUUAAAGCAGAUUUGUACCUAUGAAACUGGCUGACCUGUUCCAUGUGCACUUGGCAGCUGAAGGCAUCUAUGUUGGUCCCGUGUUCAUAUGUGCCCACAUUGCUGAGAAAUGUGUUUUUAAUAUCUGCA